GUGAAGAUCUACAGAGGGCGCUAUGAUAUCGUGACAUAACAUUGUGCCCGGCCGUGGAAAUUGGUUGCGUAAAUCCAUUCUUAAAAUCAUUAUUCUGACGAGUUUUUCACGAAAUUUGAACAAAAAUGUUUGGUUUGAUUGCAAGGAAUUCUUCUCGCAGGAUUUGCCAAUCGUUUUCAGUGCUGAGUCGUCACAAUAGCACGCUGGUGAUCGUUGAACACAACAAUGAAUCUGUCACGCCCAUCACCUUAAAUACAUUGACUGCCGCCUCUAAGAUUGGAGGAGAUGUGUCGUGUCUGGUGGCUGGAACUGGCUGUGGAAAGGUUGUUGAGGAGUUAUCCAAAGUACCAGGCGUCAGCAAGAUCAUGGUGGCUGACAACGAAGCUUACAAAGGAUUCCUGCCAGAAGCAUUGACACCACUGCUAGUUGCCACACAGAAACAAUUCAACUUCACUCACAUCACAUCAGGGGCAACAGCAUUUGGCAAGAACUUGAUUCCAAGGCUGGCGGCUAAGCUGGAUGUGUCACCGAUCUCAGACAUCAUCGGAAUCGAAUCACCAGACACGUUUGUCAGAACCAUCUAUGCAGGCAAUGCAGUAUCAACCAUUCGUAGCUUGGAUGCAGUCAAGGUGUUCAGUGUGAGAGGCACGGCGUUUGAGGCAGUCGAAGUUGGAAGUGGCUCAGCUGCUUCAGAACAAGCCCCUGAGCCUGGCGCUACCAAUGAUUUGUCGACGUGGGAGAGCCAAUCUCUCAGCAAGAGUGACCGACCAGAACUGACCAGCGCCGAUAACGUCAUCUCAGGAGGCCGUGGUAUGAAAAACGGCGAGAACUUUGAGCUUCUCUACAAGUUAGCCGACAAGAUGCACGCUGCCGUUGGUGCAUCCAGAGCAGCAGUUGAUGCCGGCUUCGUACCUAAUGACAUGCAGGUCGGACAGACAGGCAAAAUUGUCGCUCCACAACUGUACAUAGCUGUGGGAAUCUCCGGUGCUAUACAGCAUCUAGCCGGUAUGAAGGACAGCAAAGUGAUUGUUGCUAUCAACAAGGAUCCUGAGGCUCCUAUAUUCCAAGUAGCUGACUACGGACUGGUUGCAGAUCUCUUCAAGGCCGUCCCAGAAAUGACAGAAAUUAUUGAGAAAAAGUGAACACCUUUCAAUGGUAGAGUCUGAGGCACAUGGACUGUUCAUCAUUCAUGGUUAUGUCCUCAAUUGUCUCAGAAUUUGCCUCAAAAUCGUGAUCCCUUAAAACAUGCAGUGGGAUGAAACAGGAUUUUACUGUAGGUAUUUUUAUCAUUUAAAAAAAAAUGCACGACUGGAUAGUUAAAAAGGACAUUCUCAGCUCAUUUUUUUGUGCGACAAAAAAAAUUGUAUGGGACUGGAACUGUUUGAUACUUAUCUUUCUAGUAAAGACUUAAUCUUAAUGUCACUCUUUGGUCAGUAACAUUUACUUUUGUUCAAGCCAUUUCCAAUUUAGAAAAAUAUUAAUUCGAGAAACCAACUUCCUGUUCAAGUCUUCAUACUAAUUGUAAAUAACUGAACAAGUUUGAACAAUGGCUAUUUGCUAACGAGUGAUUUAGUGAUUUGAUAAAUACUGUACACAAUAAAGAAGAACCACAAUUACAGAUCAGUAGAAUGUUCCAUUCUUUUAUUGUCUUUGUAUGAAUGCUACAAUAUAAGUUUACACAUAAAAUGAACUUUGACCAAAAAAGGUCAGAGAGUUUGUAAAACAAAUGCAAGUAUAGGAUCAGAACACGCAAUCCGGUUUGCAAGUGAUUGCGUCAUAGGCCAACACGCACCACUGAUUACUAGCACCCAUUGGCUUAAAGCACGACACUUUGUACUGCUUCCAGUUCCCAUAAUUCCCCAUGUGCAAUGGGCGUGGUUUGGGUUGAAAUGACGUCAUCCUUACAAACCAGAUAGCCAGACGGGUUUCGGGCAGUACAAUGACUAAAGGGUUACAUGAGCUUUCACAAAUUGAAGGAGAAAUAAAUGAAUAAAAAUCUGAAAUGACAUCUGAAUAUUGUAUUCUGUAGAUUAUAUACCAACUUCAAGGGGUUCGCCAUGUUUUUAAGCUGUAAAUGUGUAGGAAAAUUCUUCAAAAUCAUUUUACAAUCGUGUCACAUAAAGGCAGAAAUGACAGAUUUAGAGAUAAACGUGUUUCAUUUUUAAAGACGGCAUCAAAAAUUGUAACACAAAUCGAACACUGCAGUAAAGGAUACCAGACUCAACUUGUUUCUAUUGUUCAACAAAAUCAGUACUUAAAAAAAAUGGAACGAAAUCGCCAUGUACGCCAAAAUUAUUUAAAUAAAUAUCGCUUUGGAAGUACGUGCAUUGCAGAAAAAUAGUUUGAAAAGAAAUUUUCACACAGUAAACAAUGUUUCAGUAAAUGUUUAUGACUCAAUUUCACUGAUCCCCCCCCCC